AAUUUAAUGUCUGCCUGCACAGUUGCUGCCAUUUGCAACUCACAGUAGUUAAACUUUAAUCUCCAACACGUGCAGUACCAGUCUCUUUUUUAUUACCUUGUUUUCACACAUUCUUCUGUCUUGUUUAUUUAAUGAACACCAAUCAAAUGAACCAAAUAAACUCUGAUUUAGUUAUAUAGUUACUAAGUCAAUCCCACAUGUGCAAACUUGUGUUGUAAAGUAAUAAAAUGUUGCAGAGGUUUACUGUAAGGUCACGUUCGUUUCUGGGAACUCUUAUCAUUUCUCUGAGUUGAAAUGUCUUUGAAGGGCCUUUUCUUCCCUCUCGGAUAAUUUUUACGGCCAUGACUAAGCAUGAGAUUACCAGUAAAGACCAAAUAGCUUUCCUUCUUCUUAUUCUUUCCUGGUUUCAGACUGACUAUCAAGCCUUUAUUGGGCAAAGAGACUCCUUCAGGCUUUCCAUAAAUAGGUGUGUCAGGAGUUCUGUAAUCUGCACAGCCUUUAAAAAGGAUGCAGUUUCCCUCACAUGAGUAAACUGUCCUUUAAGACUGAAGAUGGGCUGCAGACGCACAGACUGCCUGGCAAAGCCUCUGUCAGGCCUUUUUGAAAGACUUGGAUCACUCGUUGGCUCCUUUCCUUUUUACUUUUUUGUGAUUCCUCUCGUUCUCACUGCAGCACUCGGCGGAGGCUUCUCUUUUCUGAAAGACAGGGAGGACAACGACUUUGAGCGGCAGUUCACACCCAAGAAAGGACCCUCGAAAGUGACGAGAGCUUUCAUCCGGGAGAACUUCCCCUACAAUGACUCCAUGUUUUCUGAAGACAGACUGUACGACGAUGGCAACUUUGCAUCCCUCAUUGCUUUGUCGACUAACAGGUCAAAUAUUCUCAAAAAUCCGGCCUUUGAAGACAUCAUCAGACUCAACAACAAGAUCCUUAACAUCGCUGUGCUCAAUAACAGCGUGGGAUUCAGUGAGUUGUGUGCAAAAGCCAACGGACAGUGCGUCUCCAACGUCGUCCUGGAGCUGAUCAGCUCUAAUGAAAGCAGCAUCAUCUUCCCCGUGCACACGCACAGAUCCAGCUCAGUGUUCCUGGGCUCGGUGCUCGGCGGGGUUAUCACAGAUGCCAACAGCUCAGUCAUAAGAGCCCAGGCUAUAAAACUCUUCUACUACUUAGAUAACGAGGAAAGCAAAGCUGACGCCUCGAAAUUAUGGCUGAGAGGAUUUAAAAAACUCUUAUCAGAUGAGCCGAAAAGCAAACACAUUGAGGUGUCUUACUACACCUCCAAAUCCAAGCAGGAGGAGAUUGACAGUCACACCACAGAUGGCUUCCCCUUAUUCCUCAUCACUUAUGCCUGUGCUAUCACUUUCUCGGUGAUAUCCUGCCUGAGGUUGGACAAUGUGAGGAACAAGGUGUGGGUGGCCGUCUUCGGCGUCCUCUCCUCUGGCCUGGCUGUCGUCUCCUCUUUUGGCUUGCUGCUCUACAUCGGAGUGCCAUUUGUUAUUACCGUCGCCAACUCUCCUUUCCUGAUACUCGGAAUCGGUCUGAACAACAUGUUCAUAAUGGUGUCCGACUGGCAGCACACCAACGUGAAGGACCCGGUGCCGAAGAGGAUGGCUCACUCCUAUAAAGAAGCCAUCAUGUCCAUCACCAUCACCGCCCUCACAGACAUCCUCAAGUUCUCCAUCGGCGUCAAGUCCGACUUCGCGUCGGUGCAGUCGUUCUGCCUGUACACCGUCGCCUCCAUCGUAUUCUCCUACAUCUACACCAUCACCUUCUUCGGAGCCUUCCUGGCUCUGAACGGGAGGCGGGAAGCCAGCAACAGGCACUGGCUGACCUGCAGGAAAAUACCAUCAGACAAUAAGGAUCAUCACAUUACGAUAUCUAACAUCUGCUGUGUGGGAGGCGGCUAUGAUGAGAACACUGGAGCGGAGAAAAAACAACCAGCGAGCAAUUUCUUUAAGGAUUACUACGGCCCGUUUUUGAUCAAACCCUGUGUCAAGGGAGUUGUAAUCUUCCUUUAUGUGGUAUAUUUAGCUGUGAGUAUUUAUGGAUGUUUGCACGUACAACAGGGGACUGAGCUGUAUGAUCUGGCAGCUGAUGACUCCCACGUCACCAGGUUCAAAGUGAAGGAUAGGCAGUAUUUUUCUGAUUACAGCCCAUCUGUGAUGCUUAUUGUAAGUGAGGAAUUCCCAUAUUGGGAUAAAACCAGCAGGCACCAACUUCGGGGCUGUGUAGAGGACUUUAAAAAGCUGCAAUUUGUCGACGAGGACGUCUUCACGUCCUGGUUGGAAUCUUACUUGUCAUAUGGACAACACCAACGUUUAAACCUUGACGAUAAAGACGUUUUCCUUAAGAAUCUACCCCACUUUUUUGAUUUAUUCCCCUUUUUCAAGCAGGAUGUGAACCUCACUGGAGACGCCAUCCACGCAUCCCGGUUCUUCAUCCAGACUGUCAAUAUCUCCAACGCCAACAUGGAGAUUGAGAUGCUUUCAGGUCUUAAAGCAACCGUAGAGAGAUGCAACGCGGCGUCUUUAUUAGCUUAUAACCACAAAUUCAUCUUCUACGACCAGUACGACUUCGUAGUGAGCAGCACGAUUAAAAACGUGGGCGUGAUCACGGCCGCCAUGUUGGUCGUCUCCCUCCUGCUGAUCCCCGACCCGCUCUGCUCCUUAUGGGUGACUUGUUCGAUCGGUUCGGUGACCGCGGGGGUAACCGGUUUCAUGGCGAUUUGGAACAUCAGCCUCGAUUCCAUAUCCAUGAUCAUUUUCACCGUCUGCAUCGGUUUCACCGUCGACUUCUCCGCUCACAUGUCUUACGUCUUCGUCUCCAGCGAGAAGAAGAGUCCUGACGACAAAGCUGUGGACGCUCUCUCCAGUCUGGGCUACCCCAUUCUGCAAGGCGCCGUGUCCACUAUUUUAGGGGUAUCUGUGUUGUCCACGUCUGAAUUUCACACAUUCAGAACAUUUUUUAAGAUCUUCUUUCUUGUCAUGUUUAACGGGAUGAUUCACGGCCUCGUUUUCAUGCCAGUAAUUCUUUCAUUGUUUUCAUGCAAAUCAGAAAAAAAUGAAAGUAAAGACGAGACUCUGAAAAUCAGCAAACUAUGACCACAGACACUGUGCUGGUCAUCUAGAAAUAUAGAAUUUAGAAAUUAUAAAAUGCAUUCAAAAACAACAUUUGCUUUAACAGUGGUUAUAAAGUCUGUAUAAAUCAUUCUU